AUGUCUAAUAAUACCAGUCUUGAUAUCUGGUUUGCUGGUGCAUUUGCUGCGUUCACCGUCGAUCUGCUCGUCUAUCCCCUCGACACUCUCAAGACACGUCUCCAAUCACAACACUAUGAACAGCUCUACAAGGAUGCGAGUGGCAAGACGAAACCUUCUCUAUUCCGCGGUCUCUAUCAAGGCGUUGGUUCCGUCAUCCUCAUUACCAUUCCCUCGUCAGGCGCAUUCUUUACAACCUACGAAGCCUUGAAGUACGGUAUUUCGGAAGCAGUUCCUCCAAACUCCACGAUAUUCCUUCCUCAGCCUGCGAUCCAUGCUGCGGCGAGUGGUGGUGCUGAGCUUGUCAGCUGCGCUAUCCUGACUCCCGCGGAAGUCCUCAAGCAAAAUGCUCAAAUGCUUAGUGCUCGAGGGAAGAGAACAUCUACCUCCUUGGAAGUUUUCAGGCAUUUCAGAAAGAAUCCUUCAAGAUUAUGGAGAGGGUACACCGCGCUGGCUGCGAGAAACCUGCCGUUUACCGCUCUCCAAUUCCCUACGUUUGAGUUUCUGAAAGGAUAUUUCAUGCAAAAGCGGAAGAACCAAAAAGGCGGGGAUCCCGUCGAUGGAAUAGCUGAGCGCGCGCGUGUUACGGCGAUGAGUGCCGCUAUCGCUGGAAGCGGGGCUGCGUGGAUCACGACUCCGAUCGACGUGGUCAAGACUAGAAUCAUGCUUGCUGCAGGAUCUGGUGACGACGGCCCGAAAGCAGACCCCAAAGGGAAAGCAUCUAAAUUCCUCUUGGAAGGUGUUCAGGGGUCGCGCAAAAGCGGAUUCACCGUGGCCAGAGAUAUUCUUAAGACCGAAGGCACCCGAGGCCUGUUCCGAGGGGCUCUUCUCCGAGCUUGCUGGACCUCUCUUGGCAGCGGUCUAUACUUGGGUUGCUAUGAGAGUGGCCGUUUCUACCUGGAGAAAAGCAGGUCGGAAGCAAGAGAAGGUGAUCACCUUAUGCAGCGUGACUGGUCGAAGGUCAAGGUGGGCAUCGGAAGCUCCAGGUCUCAGGAGGUGGUGAAAAAGAGUGCAUGGCAGGAAGAUUGA